UUUUCACUUCCGGGUCUUUAGACGUCAUCGGAAAGCGGUUGUGUGUCUUUUGUAGAGGAAAAUAAAAGAUAAAAAAAUGACUAAACUGGAGAUGUUGAACGUGUUUCUCAAGGACAGAUUGACGCUGGCAGCCGAGGAGAUUUUCCAGGCCGUCAAAAAGAUUCUUAUUGAUUUUCAGAAUGAAAAAGAAGAAAAUGAUCGUCUUCAUCGAGUCUUCAUCAUGCCCCAUGCAGAAGCUCCAUCUGUCCGGCUGCAAGGAGAUGAUCGAGCGAGCGAAUGCGAAAGGAAAAGCGGUGUACAACUGCAAGCGCACGUUAAAGAGGAGGCCGAACUUCAGGACAUUCCCAGCAUUUGCGUGCUUGACGCCAGAUACCCCAAGGAGGAAGCGUGUGGUCAACCGAGGUCAAAUUCUCCAUCCGUUCAAACUACCUCUCCUCCAACUCGGCCGUGCAAGGAGACGAAAAGAAACGGGAGCAACGAGGACGGCUUUCCAGUCAGCUCCUCGUCUUCCACGCAGACGGUGGUGCGUUCAGGCUGGGGAGCAACCGGCAGCGAUCUUCAUGGCACUUUGAAAAAAGUUCCAUCGGCGUCCGUCAGAAAGCAAGGCAAAGAACUACUUUGGUCAAACAGAAAGCAAAGCGUAAACACGCUAAAAAGCGGCACCAAACCCGUGAAGCCGCCAGCUCCUCCUUCCUCUCACUCCGCCCUCCAGCGGUGGCACGGCUGUAAAGAAUGCGGCAAAGGAUUCAGCUUUGCCUGCCAGCUGGAGGUCCACAUGCGUUGGCACAGGAAGGAGAGGCCGUACAGUUGCGCCGUGUGCCCCAAGAGCUUCACCACCGUCAGCAUGCUGAAGAGACACCAUCGCAUCCACACCGGAGAGAAACCCUUCCGCUGCCACGUCUGCGACAAACGCUUCAAUCAGUCUGCACACCUGAACACGCAUUUUAGGCUGCACACCAGACAGGCGGGCGGCUGGAACUCACCGCCGUACCCGAGAAACCCCCAGUCUACUUUGUAAAGUCUGUCCUUAUGUAACUCUAUACAUACUGUGUGUCUCCAUUGUAUUAAAUGUAUUCUGUUCACGUUGUUUUGUUCAGCUAACGUCCAUUUUGUGCAAAAAAACAAACAUUUUGGAUUUUCAAAUAUCUCUACCAAAGUAUUUGGAGUAGUUUUUAUGAUAUACUGUACGCACAUGUUCAAUACUUUAAAACCGGUUGAAAAAUUGCAAUGCAUGAUGCCAGUGUUUCCAGGAAGCUAAUGGGAAUGUUCUUCCAGACGUCCAUAAAGUUUACUCAGUUGGAUUCAGAUCAGGGGAACAGAAGAUGCAGUCCGGUCCAAAAGAGUCCUGUUGAAAAAAGCCAGUCAUUACCACACAUAUGAGGGCCUUCUCCGGCUGCCGUUUGACGCCCCUGCACAACCUGAAAGCUCCAUUUUUUUUCAUUGAAGGAUCGUGAUGGCACCCCCUCGGCUGCAGUAACGUCGGAAGCCAUCAGUACUCUCAAGAGGGAAUCAAACUUCAUUCCACCUUUCAAUGUCCAAUGUUUGGUACUCAUGCAAAUUCCAAAUUGGGUAAUUUUUUUGCCGUUGAAGGACUCGGAACCAGUAAUCAGUAAUAGUCCCAUGUCUUGACGGACAGCUAAAUGUUUCUGUCUUACUCCCUUUUGAAGUUCAUGUCAGAACCUCCUUAAAAAUCCAACAGUGUGAAAUAAAAAAUUAAAUUCCUACAUUUUUUUAAACUGCUCUUAAAAUUUUGUUCAGGGGUGUACCACCACAGACCAUAAACCAUAACACAAACAUAACCAUAAAAUACUGCUUUUCAUAGAUGUUGGUAUGUAAGUAACAUAGUUUGUAUGUGUUGUACGUUUGUCUAAUUCCUUAAAUUAUACAUUUUUGCUCAUUUUUUCCAAUAUAUAAUAAAGUCUAU